CACGUCCUCUGCGUAUGUGCGUGCUCUACUCACACACAUACCAACACCAAAAAUGCAGACCUCUCUUCAAUGUGAACAGAAAACCUCGCAAUGCCUUUCAUUUCAGGGCUGGGCGCUCACACGCACGCCUUGAAAGGGUUUUUUUGUGUGUGUCUGAUUUCAUAAGAGGAGUGAAAUUCGACACUGCUUCCUGAUUAUCUCCAUCCUCUCCGGAUUCCAGUGCAGAGAGGGAGGGAGAAAGAAAGAAUCGAAGAGGAAACAAGUUUGGCUGGGAUAAACAAGAGCGGUGGAGCCAAGAAUUUCAGCUGCGGGAGAGUGGGAGAGAUCGGCCUCUCUCCGGGGAUCUGCAAGGAACAACCGGCUUCAGGAAGAGAACCUGUUUGUGAAACAUGGAGAGGAGGGAGCAAAGUGGAGAAAGCAAGGAUGCCCAGAGCAGGUCUGGAGGUCAUGAUGGUUCCUCGCGGGUCAUCAGCGUCGUUUUCCUGAUGCUCCUCAUCGAUUUGCUUGGGUUUACCCUGAUCCUGCCACUCCUGCCUUCCAUUUUGGACUACUACGGAAAGACUGACCAGGAUGGUGUUUAUCGAUGGCUGCAACACUCCGUGGAAUGGUUUGCUAAUGUGAUUGGAGUCCCCAGUGUAAGAAAAUAUAACACCGUCCUCUUUGGAGGGCUCAUUGGAUCCAUCUUCUCAUUGCUGCAGUUCCUCACCGCUCCAGUUACCGGUGCAGCCUCUGACUACUUUGGCCGCAGACUGCUGAUGAUGGUAACCACGGUCGGGCUCAUUAUUUCCUACCUGCUGUGGGCACUGUCCAGGAACUUUGGGAUUUUCCUUCUGUCUCGGGUGGUGGGAGGGAUCAGCAAAGGGAACGUCAGCUUGUCGACAGCCAUCAUCGCAGACCUGCCGUCUCCCCAAGCACGCAGCAGGGGCAUGGCGAUGAUCGGUGUUGCUUUUUCUCUGGGCUUCACCAUCGGGCCCAUGAUCGGAGCCUUCCUUGGAUCACGGGCCGGCGAGGACGAAGCCUUCUAUGUCCAACCUGCGCUGCUGGCAAUGGCGUUUGUGGCAUCCGACCUCCUCUUCAUCUUCUUCUUCCUCCCAGAGACCCUCCCGCGAGAGAAACGGGUCACCUCGAUCGGCAACACCUUCCAGAGUGCUGUGCACCUCCUCAGCCCAGUGGCACUUUUUCAGUUCUCUGCUAUCCAACAAAGGAAAGACUCUCCCUCUCCAGAAGGAAUGCGGGUUCUGAAAGUUCUUGGGCUGGUGUACUUCCUCUACCUCUUCCUGUUCUCCGGCCUGGAAUACACCCUCAGCUUCCUCACCCAUCAACGCUUCCACUUUGACAGCAUGCAACAAGGGAAGAUGUUCUUCUUUGUGGGAAUCACAAUGGCAUUGGUCCAGGGAGGAUAUGCUCGGAGGAUCCGACCUGGAGAUGAGAUCAAGGCAGUGAGGAGGGCCAUCGCUCUUCUGAUCCCAGGAUUUCUCAUCAUUGGCUGGGCCAGUUCAGUGGUGUUCCUGUACAUAGGACUCCUCUUUUACUCAUGUGCUGCUGCUGUCGUCAUCCCCUGCCUUUCCACUCUGGUCGCUGGAUACGGUGCAGCUAAUCAAAAAGGAACCGUGAUGGGAAUACUUCGCAGUUUGGGGGCUUUGGCCAGAGCUCUGGGACCUACGUUGGCAGCUACAGUGUACUGGCUUGGAGGUGCAGAGUUGUGCUUCACUGUAGCAGCAGCCGCCUUCCUCCUUCCUCUCGCCAUCAUCUCAAUCCCCAAGGCACAGAAAGCUGAGUGACGUCCAGGAAACUGAGGAGAAGCAGAGGGAGAAGCGUUUGACCCAAGCAAACGCCACCAGGACAGCAUGGAUUCACUUCAAGCAACUGCAAGCUGCAUUGAAAGCAAAAUCUAGCAAUGGCUGGUUGCUUUUAUACAACUGAAAAGUUCACAGCCAAUGAAGAUCAGGGAAACUGUCUGUCUAAUGUAGAAAUGUGAUGUUUAUUGGGUAGAGUACAAAGAACUUCUGUAAAGUAACUUGUUAUGGGGGUCUUAAAAAUUAUUAUUUUCCUUCCUGUUGGAUACCUUUUCGGGUGUUGUCUAUUCUCUGUACUUGGGUGGGAAUGUGCCUCAACGGAAGCUUGCAAAUAUCCCUCCUGGAGGUCCAGGGUAUGUGAUUUGGAGGAGUAAGCACGCCAAUGGGUUACUAAGUGAUUCUUUCCUUCUGCACCUUGUCGGCUAUAUCCUGCCUCCCAAGUGGGUUAUUCCUGAAUUUGGUUGGAAGGCUUAGUCUAGGAGAUAAUUAAGCACAGAACAGCAGAUACAUUCGACAGCUAACUAUUGCUGCAGCGAUCCCGAGGAGUCACGAAGAAAGCCAUCGGAAUUUGGAAGAGAAAAUUUAAAUUCUUGCUGGAUUCGCCAUCUAUCCCAUUGCUACCAACACUACUCUUCAGAAUGUGGGUUCAAGCAUCUCUAAAUACAAGUUCAAAAUCCACUGUGGAAGAUGGGAAAUUUAAAUCGGGGGACAUCAGACCAUGGCACUAGAAGAUAAAAUACCCAUCUAGUUUACCAACAUAUCUCAGACUGCUCUUGGUCAUCGUGACCAAGAUGGCAUAGGCUUUUAAUUGGUUUCAAAUAUCCCGACAUGUUAUUCAGUUCCAAGGAGAUUCUGGUCUUAAAAGAAAAGCCAAAAUUAUGAAGUAAAAAUGAGAUGGUCACACAGCUGGCACGGUGGCGCAGUGGUAAAGGUGCUGCCAUACAGCACUAGAGAACUGGGUUCAAUCUCGACUACGGGUCCUGUCUGUACAGAAUUUGUUCAUUCUCCCCGUGGCCUGCGUGGGUUUUUCACCAGGAUCUCCGGUUUCUUCCCACACUCCAAAUACAUACAGGUUUGUGGGUUAAUUACAAUGGUCCCCAGUGUGCGUAGGAUAGUGUAAGUAUGCGGGGAUUGUUGGUCAGCGUAGACACUGUGGGCCAAAGGGCCUGUUUCCGUGCUGUAUCUCAAAACUAACUAAACCAAACCAAUCUGUGACCUUAACUGUAAUCUUGCAACUUGUAUUCUCAGUGUGUCUUUGUUAGACUUGUACAUUCCCAUUGUCACCAGGUGGUGGCUGUGCCUUCAAGCUACCUCUGUGCUGGAACUCUUUCGUCCUUUGGUAUCAAUCUCACCGCUUUUAGUCACUCCUCAAUCUUAUCUCUGUGGAAGUGCCUGAAAAGUUGUUAUAUCAAUACAAAUUGUUGGUUCCAAAUUCCGUGAGUUAACAGUGAAAUCAAUAUCAAAACUUUAAAAGUCACAAAGGGCUGGAGUAACUCAGCGGGUCAAGCAGCAUCUCUGGAGAACAUGGAUAGGCUACAUUUCGGGUCUGGACGUUUCUUCACACUGAUCGAUCUUGAGAAGGGUCCAGACCUGAAAUGUCACCUAUCCAUGUUCUCCAGCGAGGAUGUCGGACUUGCUGCAGCAUUUUGUGACUUUUUUGUCAACCAGCAUCUACAGUUCCUUGUGGCUUCAGUAAACAGCAAGUGGUUUAACAGGAGUUAACAUGUGCAAUCAAUCCGAUGAAUUUCAGAGUUCUAUAAUCUUACAAAAAAACAGAAAUAGGGUUCAAAGUGAACAGAAUACUAGCCUUCUUUCCUGGCCAUUUAACCUUAACUCGGCAGGACGUCUGCUAACAUUGAAAGGUUUACUGAAAAAUGGUAAUGUAUUAAGCUACUCUUUAUUGUUGCUUUGUGCUGCCAUUAUCUAUGUUUGUUUCAUUUUGUACAGAAUUUCAAAUAAACAUAUCCACUUUAUACACAA